GGAGGGACAUGAGGAGCCCCGAGGACUUGGAGGGCUUCGACGGCGAGGCGUCGAGCACCUCCAUGAUCUCCGGCGCCAGCAGCCCCUACCAGCCCACCACGGAGCCUGUCAGUCAGCGCCACGGGCUGCGCGGCCUCCGCUGCGACCCCGAUUACCUCAGGGGCACCUUCGGCCGGCUCAAGAUCGCCCAGGUGGUUUUGGCAUUAAUUUCCUUCAUCUGCAUAGAGACCAUCAUGGAAUGUGCCCCUUGUGAAGGCCUUUCCUUCUUUGAAUUUGUCAGUUGUAGCGCAUCGGUAGUUACUGGCGUUCUGUUGCUUAUGUUCAGUCUGAAUCUCCAUGGAAGAAUACCACAGAUCAACUGGAACAUUACAGAUUUGGUCAAUACUGGACUCUGCACUUUCUUCUUUUUCAUUGCAUCUGUAGUACUUUCAGCACUGAACCAUAAAAAAGCAGCAGAAAUUGCAGCUGUGAUAUUUGGUUUCCUGGCAACUGCCAUCUAUGCUGUGAAUUCUUUUUUAGCAGUUAAAAAUUGGAGAAUUAAUAGCCAACAGCAAAACACACGACAAACCAGUGAUUAUAUGCGUGCACGGACUGAAUCCAGAGAAGCAGAUCAUCGCCCAGAGAUUCAACGUCUGGAUGGGGCCAGUCGAGAAAAUGCUUGCAGCUGAAGCCACCACCAUGGAUUUGAUUCUGGGCUGUUUCUUGACUAGUUCUUUAAGGUAUGGCAAAGAAACAUUUUUUUAAAAAAAUUAUAACUGAUGUAGGGCAUCAGUUAUAGUCUACAUACAGUAAAAUAUAUAUAUAUAUAUUCACUUCCCUUGCCCUCUGUCAAACAGGGGAAGUGAUUAAUUUGCAAAUACCUUGAAGUGAAAGAGGAAAGUUUACUUUAGCAGUCGGAGCAAUCCUACCCACUCCAGACAAGUAGAAGCCUUUUGACAGGGGCCAGAAGUAUGUGGGUAAGGAUGCUUUAGGAGAGGCCUGGUGAACUCCAGCAAAUAUGUCAUCUGAUAGCUGUCUUUUAGCUCAUCCCUGCAGUGCUCCAAAGAGUGGGCUAAACAGCCCAUUGAGUCAGCCUCUCAGAAAUCCAAUAGUUCUACUGUGUACGUGAUUUAACAUUUUGUUUUAUUAGAAACCACAUACUGCGACUGCUCUCAGUGAGUUACUGGUGCAGAGAUAGCUGGUACUGAUAGCUCUGUAGGAUGACUGUAGUAAGGAAACAGUUUAUGGUUCCUUAUAUUUAUGGAUUGAAAAUGCCCUCUCACCAAGAUAAAUGAAUAGCCCCAUAGUAGACACGAGUGCAUCUUUAUUAAGGCAAAGUGCAACACCACAGGUGGUGCGGAUUCCCUUCCCCCACCCUGUGGGCUGAUUGGGUCAUUAACUGGGUUCUGCGCAUUGCUGAGGUCCCUCUUCAGUGGUGACAGACCAAUCUGGGCAGGAGCUUGGCUAGCCUUGCCCUACCUUCCCAGGCAGCUGACCGUUCACUGACUGCACAGGGAGACCCCCCAUCCCAUCUCCUUGCUGGAGUGGUCGGCUGCCUGGGGAGGGGGGCUUAGGCCAGCUGGGUUUCUGCCUGGAUUGGUGUGUCACUGCUGAAGGACCUCAGCGAUGGAUGGAGCCUGAUUAGCAGCUGGCCCAAGGGUGGGGGAAAGGGAAUCUGCACCACCUGUGGUGCCACACUUUGUCUUGGAUUGAAAUAGCAAAGCACCCAUGUCUACCAAAUAGAUACCAAAGGAAUUGUUCUAAAGCUGUUUCUGUGUGUAAUCUGUCAUAGUUAAAAGUAAUAACACUGAGAUAAUUCACAUUAGAACUGCUCACUGGGCAUUAAAUGUGCUCAGCUGACAAGUUCUGUGUAGAGAAAUAUUUCAAUUAACAAUCCCAGAAAUUUAUUAUAAACUUUUCUACUUUUUGUCAUUUGUGGGAGAACAGGAGAAGACUCUGUUGCCAUAGCUGACAAACUCAAAAGUAGUAUAUUCAUAUUUGCUAUUUGAUUUUUAAGACUGAGGUAGUUAUUUUUAAGGCUGCCCAAGAACCAUUUCUGUAGCUAAUAUAUCUUUCCCCUCCCUGAGGAAGUCUUGAGAGAUGUUACAGGUUAAUUUGGAAACUAAUGCAUUUAAUCUCCCAUCAGAAGGCACACUUGCAAAAUAUGCUUUACUGUUUUCAUCAUGUAUGAUCAUCUGUCAUCAUUUUAGUAAUCCAGUGUGAUAGACUGAUGGACCAGGACUUAGGAGACUUGGGUUCAAAUCCCUACUUGUCCAUGAAAAUUCACUGGGAAGGUGACAAUGGUAAACCACUCCUUGCA